UGGUUGGAAUGAAAGCUUUGUCUAAUCAGAAACAUGUGUGGGCGGGACUUCCGCCUGCCAGCAAGUGAGGGGGAUGGUUUGUCUGUUUGGAGGGAAAUUCAAUAAUAUGCGUCUGCUGGUCCUUAACAACGAAGGUAGUGAAGAUUAAAAAACUGCUCGUUGGAAACUAAGAGUAAUACACAUUGACUGUUGUGUGGUUUGUAUAAACGAGGUAGACGUGUUGGUCUCUGAAAGGCAGCGUCUUAGUCGCUAUUAGCUUAGCUAGCUGGUAUCUGUUUACUGUUUCAUGUUACAAGGAUUCAUGCACAGGUCUCGACUAUGGGUUGAUUCCAAAAAUCUGUCUGAAUGACAAAAGUGGAUUAAUAAAAUAACUCUGGACAUGGAUCGGAGGGCAAGGAGGCUCGAAGGUCAACUUUGUAAAGCAGUGAAGGAUGAAGAACCAAGAUGUGUGCAGCUGCUUCUGUCAGAGGGUGCGUGUCCUCACCUGGUGGGAAGUAAAGGUGUGGCUGCAAUACACCUGGCUGUUGGAAAAGAGACUGAGAAGAACAUACGCUGCUUGAAAAUGCUGCUGCAGUAUGGAGGAGACCCCAACGUCAGGUCAUCAGAGGGACUGACUCCUCUACACAUUGCUGCGCUGUGGGGGUGUUAUCAAAACCUCAAGCUGCUCUUGAUAAAUGGAGGGAACCCAAACAGCAAAGAUAAUGACGGUAAUACACCAGGGCAGCUUGCAGAGCAGCAGGAGAAUAGAAGAUGUGCCCAGCUUCUUCAGGAGCAUCAGGUCAGCUCAGUGGACACGGAGGACGACGACCUGCCUCAGUUCCAGUACUCCGUGUACUCAGACCAGAAAGACACGUCCAGCUACCCUGAAUCAGACUACAGCUUCAGUUCCCACUCUUCUAUGAUAAGUGACUUUGGUGAAGCCCCAUUGAGCAGCACCAGGCGCUCAUCAUUUUUCAACAUGUCUCACAUUAAUGGGAGGCCGAGUUACAGAGGACCAUCAUACAACAGACUUUCUGAAACAGACUUUAAGAGGAAUCACGGCCAGGACUGGAACAAUUCCUCCUCACAAUGGGCAUCUGAAUGUCCCUCUAUUCUUUCAAGCACCCGCAUGUCUGCAGUGGGGCCUGCAGCUGCAUUGCAAGUCCUUAAAGAGGAUGACGUAUUGAGUUACGACGAUGGGUUCACAUCAAAAGCAAAAGAACAUGCUGCAACAACUGAUAGCACAAUCUCUCCCUCCAGAAGAGACACUCUCCCAGCGUUUCCCUCCAGGCGAGUGAGCCGUAAGAGUGUUAGCUUCAGAGAUGUGGACGAGUAUUUCCCUGUUUUCAGUCCUGAAUUCCCCAAACAGAAGCCUGCUGUUGACGACGGCCAGUGCGGCGGGAACUUGCCUUUUGACCUGUCUGAAUACUCUGACUUCCUGGAUUCAGAGCGCAUGGCCACUGUUCUACAGAAGCAGGGCAUCGACGUGACAUCCCCGGAUCACGUUUAUGUUUUCUGCAGGGAAAGCAGCGAAAGCACGGAGGAAAACAUGGAGAAAACGGUCAUCAGUCACUGUGUUUUGGAGGAAAGUGGUGAUGAGGAGGAGUGUGACCGUUUGAAAGAGGCUCAGGCGAAUAUACCAGAACAGCCAGCUUCUGAUGGUAAUGGCAGCGGCAGCAGUGGUAGCAGUCAUUAUAGCAGCUGUGAGAGUGACCAUUACACCAGUGCCCUGGAAGCUUCUCUUCACCCCAAACAUCUUGUAUAUCCCAGGGUAGAGGACGUUUCUGUUGGUGUUGCAUCUAACGAAAGACUUCAGAAUCCUACACAGUUUUCAGAAAGUGGAGGUGGGAAUCAUCCACAUGUUCAUACAGAUCCUAAGAUGGAUAUAAUACCAGAAACUACAGGUAUGGAGGGAAAUCUGCUUCUGUCGGGAUCGAAACACCAAAAUGAUGAUGUAUAUGAGGCGUGUAGUGAUUUUGUCAGGAACCCCUUAAGUGAAGUUGGUGAUGACCAGCCAGUGGCAGAGAAUGCAGCUGACGCGUUACGUGAAGACUUCAAUCUUCCGUUCACACCGAGUCCUUUUGUGACAGGCCGGACUCGCUCGAGGUUGAGUCGCUGCUCGCUGAGAACAAGCAGAACUCCAGCGAGCCUCCUCUCCACUUCAUCUCUGUUUGAAGAGACCCUUCCUACACCGGUUCGUACACGCCGCCAGACGCCUAGGUCUCCGAGCAGAGAAGAAUUUUACCAUUCACCACAUGCACCUUGUUAUACACCGUCCUACUCAGGGAGCAGCAUGGGAGGCAACUCCUUUCCUACUGAUUCCCAGGAUACACAGUCCAGCACCCUCAGAGCUGGUUCAAGUGUUAGUCAUAGCCAAGCUGACACCCUCAUCCUCCCCAAGAGCGUCACUAACUCUACGUCUCAGUCGCAGACUUUGUCGGACACUGUCGUUCUGGAGAAAGACCAGAACUCUUCGAUGGACGCUUAUGAAAGAAACCUUGCAGAGAUUAUUCUGGCCAUGCAAGGCCAGGAUCUUGCAGAGGGCGGGGAAUUCCUGACAGAUGAUCUGACAAGUACGGAUGAAGCAAUAACAAAGGUAAACACAAAUAAAGCUUCUCUUGGGGACAAAGAAGGUAACCCAAAAUAUGACGAUGCCUGGAUCACAGAGGAGUGUAGCUCUCAACCCGACUCUGUGUCAUCUUCAUCCAGCUCCAGCUAUUUUUCCCCAAGGAGGUCCAGAGAAGACUCCGACCUUCCCUGCACUCCAGGCACUGGAUGCACCCCGAGGUACAGCAUGAGCCGGCUGUCAAGCUGCCGCAGGCCACAGCACCUGGCAAAACUCUCUUACACUCCCGGGGGGCGACCUCUUAUUCAGGACAUUGAGGAACCAGUGGAGUAUCUCUACACUGAUACAGAAGAGGGCCACAAGCUGAUCGAGACCCACGUCCCACCUACAGCAGACACCUCCCUCAGCUCCAGCAUGAGCACGGCGGCCACCAGCAGCAGCAGCAGCAGCGAGGAGACCAUCAUUUACGAUUGGCGAUCUAUGCACUCCGACAUGAUGGAGGACAGAGGGAAGGAGAACGAGAAGCCUCCUAGGGAGACACAGGAAGAGGGGAAGGAAGAGGAGAGAGUGAUGCCAGACACCAGAGGGAUGACUGACAAGGAGCUGAGGUCACGACUGUUGGAGCUCGGGGAGAGCCCGGGCCCUAUCAGCAGCCGGACCAGGCCCGGUUACAUGAAAAGACUGUGCCGCCUGCUGCAGGAGUCAAACUCCAAAUCACGACAUCAGCAGAAGCAGAUAGAUCAGCCACAAACAGAUUUGGGUUACAGUCCAGAGCUGUGCCGGGCGCUGAGGACCUUCGAGCUGCCUUGUUGCCACGCGGACGAGCAGGCUCUGUGCCAGCAGUUUGACCAACCAGAUCAGAACAGGAAGUGGAGAGAAGGCAUCAUCAAGUCAAGUUUUAACUACCUGCUGCUAGACCCAAGAGUGACAAAAAACCUCCCAUUCCGCAGUCACACGACGACCCCGCACGAGUGUUUCCAGACAUUUAUCAAUGCUAUAUUUUAUGUGGGGAAAGGAAAACGCUCCCGCCCCUACAGCCACCUGUACGAGGCUUUAGAGUAUUACAAAGGAGACAAGACCUCCAAGAAAUUGUGCACCAAGGUGCAGCACAUCCUCCAAGUGUGGGGCGCCGAGCAGGGCGUCAUCUCUCUGCACUGUUUCCAGAACGUCAUCCCUGUGGAGGCGUACACAAGAGAGGCCUGCAUGGUGGAGGCCAUUGGGUUGAAGAUGCUGACCAAUAAGAAGCGGGGGGACUUUUACGGCGUGGUGUCCAACUGGCAGGUGAAGAGGAAACGGGAGCUUGGCGUCCACCUGCUGUACAGAGCCAUGCAGAUCUUCCUGGCUGAGGGUGAGAGACAGCUCAGACCAGCUGACAUCAGACAGUAGAGACCCCUAGUGGAGGGGUUUAUGAACAGCAACCUAGCACUUAAAGGGAAUACCACUAUUUGAGUAUGCAAGGUAAUCCUUCUUUGAACGUAUUUGUGCUCCUAUGACCUUUAGAAACAUCAAGAUCCGGCGAGCUUACACACAGCUUUGAUUUCUCUCUCUGCCAUUGAACCGGAACCUCUCUGUCCUUCAUAGAUACACGCUGAAUCAGUUAAUGAAUCUUUCCAAUGGCCUUUACCAUCAUUUACUUGCUUCCUUUUUUUAGAUUCAGCCUUUUAAGAAUGUGCAACAAUAUAAUUUUUAAGUACAAAAAGAAGGGUCAACAUGAUUAAAAUUUUUAAAUCAUAACUGUGAGACAACAGCUCUUCCGUAAGUCAAACCAAAAAUAGUACAUGUAAAAUAAUCUACAACCCAGUUCAAAUGAGUCAUCAUUUUCUAAAAGGAGCUUGAAGGGUGGUAAUAACAAAGAAAACCUGUUAGUCUUUUUUCUAGUGUUAAAAAAUGGUAUUACUAGUACAUAGCAUGAUUAUUGGUACAGAUAAAUCAUCGAUUAAGUCUGUAGUUUAAGAAACUGAAAUGUGUUAGUGUGUGAUUUUAUUUGUUUCCAUAGUCUGAUGGGUCAGGGUUAGGGAUUUAUAAAUGAAGGAUGCCUGUGAGUGUUGGUAGAUUAACCAUUAACAAUGUUAGACCAGGAAACAUUUCAGUCUCCGGACCAGUUUGUGUUUUAAGCUAAUACUCGUAAAUAAAUAAUCAUCAUUGUUUUAUUAAUCAGCAAAGUCGGUCUAACCUGACCUUCAUGGAGAAACAAAACCUGUCACCUGCUUCUUAAAAAAAAUAACCUCUCUCUCAUGUCUCAUGGUGUAAAUGUAAUUAUUUAGGGCAGUGAGCUUGAAAACCAUUCAUUAUGUCCUCGGAGGUGAAACACAUGAUCCAUCACAUGGAAGCUGCAUAUAUUCUUUAUUUCACACAAGAAGCAUUAACAAACAAUCUGAAUCAAAGUUUUGUAUUUUAAAAAUGUAUUUUUAUACGUCCAGAUUCUCAGGUUGAUCAAAAACUAACUUACUAUAAAUGAGUUCAUCAUACAGGGAGUACAACACUGGAUGUGUUAAGUUUCUAAAAUGAGUGCACUCCAUCAUUGGCGUGAUGAUAAGGCCUUUGAUUUUUUCAGGUAUGAUUGUUUUUGAAAUAAAACCCUGCCAUUGUGAUUUUUUUUCUUGAUUGUCUUAAAAUCCAUCAGUCCCAUGUCUGUGUAUGAUACUUCUUAUCUUUUUAUACAUACAAGUUUACAUUUAUUUUUCCAUUGUGGUCAUAAACCUUCGUUGUGACUGCUGUGUUGUUUUGCCUCUUUACUUUGCUUUCAUGUAAAUGUAGUAAAAUACAAAAUGACAAAGCUGA